CGCCACCUACCUCUCCACCUACUUUGGUAACGGGACAGGCAUCAUUAAUAGACGUUGGACAGCAGACUGGAAGUACCGCGGGAUUUGUACGGCCGAUGUCGAGCGUUCCUCAGACUUUUCAGACAGCUAGUGCCGAGUCUCUCUCGAUGUUUGGAAGAGUACCCCGUAUUUCAAAUUUUUCUGGAAAUUCUUCGAAGUCAGAUGUGUCUUUUGAAGCGUGGAAAUUCGAGGUCAAAUGCCUAAUGGGUGAUCAUACCUGCAAUGAGGAACUUCUGCGCCACGGUGUCCGCAAGUCCCUGAGGGGGGAAGCAGGCGUGUUAUGUAUGCAUCUUGGAGAGAAUGCGACCGUAGAAGCUAUUCUCCGCAAGCUGGAAGGUGUUUAUGGUAACGUUGAUAGUGGGACGACCCUUCUUCAGAAGUUCUAUAAUGCACGGCAAGAAAGUGGCGAGUCUGUGGCAGAAUAUGGUUGUAGAUUGGAGGAGGUUGUAAAUCGAGCAAUAUCGAGGGGUGCAGUUGCGAAGGAACAAGCCAAUGAGAUGCUGAAAAGUAAACUGUGGACCGGAUUGAAAGACGAGAGGGUAAGGAAUGCAACCAGAUAUAAGUACGAUAUGAUCCAUGAUUUUGAUGAAUUGAGGGCUGAGUUGAGAGCCAUGGAGCAGGAAAUUAAAGAAUUAGACUGCAUGCAGACCAAGACCGACAAACCACAAAGAGUCUUGAACAUGCCUCAAGUUAAAGACGAAGCGUCAGGUGAUUCGACUAAAAAGGCUAUAGAAGAAUUGUCGCGGAAGGUGAAGGGCCUGGAGGAUAAGAUGACAAGACAACCUGAUACAACUAAACUCCUCAACAGGAUUCUUGAAGUAGUGGAGAAGCUUGAGCUAGAUGAACGAAGAAAUCAUGGUGGAGCUUUUAAAGACAAGCCUAAUGAUAAUAAACCGUCAAACUCCAAGGAAGGGCCCUCUGGGGAGGGACGGACAGAGAGCCCAAACAAAGUAGCAGGUCCCAUUCCAGAGAUGUUAGGCGAUGUUAAUGUAAGUAUGUGCUAUGUUAAUGAUGUGCCAUGUUUGUCAUUAGUGGAUACAGGGUCCCAAGUUAGUACCAUAUGUGAAUGUUUUCGUGAAGAAUAUCUGAAUGAUUGUCCUUUGAGGGARCUUGAAGACAUCCUAAAGAUAGAGGGAGCCGCAGGACAGGAUGUACCGAUUUGCCGAUUUUAG